AUGUGGUCGUCUCUUUUUGGUUGGGCAUCAAAUAAUGCCAGGAAUACAGAGUCGCCAACGAAGGCCAUAGUGCGGUUGAGGGAGCAUAUCAACCUUCUAUCCAAAAAGCAAUCGCAUCUGCGUACUCAAAUCACAAAUCAAGAGAAUGAAGCUAGAAUCUUUUUGACGAAGGGCAAUAAAGUAAUGGCCAAGAACGCGCUUAAAAAGAAGAAGAUAUACGAACAGAAUUUAAGUAAGGUGGAAGGCACAAUGGAAUCUAUGGAACAGCAGCUAUUCUCUAUAGAAAGCGCAAACUUGAAUCUGGAGACAAUGAGGGCUAUGCAGGAAGGUGCCAAGGCAAUGAAAUCCAUUCACAAUGGUCUUGACAUAGAUAAAGUGGAUGAAACUAUGGACGAGAUAAGGGAGCAAGUAGAAUUAGGAGACGAAAUAAGCGAUGCUAUAUCUAGACCGUUAAAUACUGGGGCAAACGAGGUUGAUGAAGAUGAAUUGGACGAGGAAUUGGACAUGCUGGCUCAAGAAAAUGCUAACCAAGAAAUGUCCAAGAUCGUUAAUAAUAAUGUCAACGCGGCACCUAUUUCAGACAAUAAAGUCUCUCUACCUAGUGUUCCAAGUAAUAAGAUUAAACAAAGUGAGACUUCCAUGAAGGACGGAGGAGAGGAGGAGGAAGAAGAAGAUGAAGACGAAAAGGCAUUAAGGGAACUACAAGCGGAAAUGGGGCUUUGA